AACGUUAUAACUUCAUUGUGACAGGUGCCCUCUUCGGGGUAUCCUGUUUUUUUUGAGUGUUCAUCGUCCGGAUAAAUUUUUUGGUUGGUUCCAAUAAAUUCUAGAAUACUAUCAUCGUCUAGAAAGCAAUGUAAAAUCCGAUUUGUAACGAUGGACAUCAUAAAAGUUCAUUGAUCGAGCAACGAAUUAUUUCUCUCUUUCUCUCUCUAGUGUCUGCAACAUGUGCCUUUUCUAUCUGUAAGAAUCCCGUCUCGAAUUAAUAAAGAUGACUGCCAUGAUCGAGGACGUACAAGCUCUACAAACUCUAACGAUUCAUACCAGCGACGUAAAUAGCGUCGAUUUUGCUGGCGAUUGUAUCCUGGUAACUGGAUCGGGGGAUAAACGUGUAAGAGUUUGGGAAUGGCAGAAUGGUACGGGCUACGUCGAAGCUUUCUUUUCACCACUUUUAGGUCACAAAUAUGGGGUAACUUCGGUCAAAGUUAGCCCACAAUCGACCAUGCUAGCUUCUUCUAGUAUAGACGGUACUACGUUGCUAUGGAAUUUAAGGACGGGAACGAAGAUACACACGAUGGUACAAGUUAGCGGAGAAUCUAUAAGAACCUGCAGAUUUUCACAGGAUUCAACAUUGCUAGUUACAGCCGGAGAUAACGGACAGAUUUGUCUUUGGGAUUUGAUUCAUCGUACUUUGAUCAGAUCAUUUCAGAAACACGAAAGUGCCGUGCAAGGAGUAUGUUUUACACCUGACUCAAACUGGUUGCUCACAACGUGCACGUUUGGCGUUAUGAACCUAUUCUCCACUGCCGAAAUGAUCGAUUCUAACAUGUCUAAUAGUCAAUCAGUAACCGUGUUUGCUUCGGUAGACGAUGCACAUGAUCUUGGUGUAGUGUCGUGUGAUUUUUCAAUCUCGCAAGAAGUAACAGCUAGUGAGUCAUUUACCAAAGUUUAUCAAUUGGUUACUUGCGGCAAUGAUCACAAUGUAAAACUUUGGGAAGUUAUUGUGAUUCAAGAAAAAGUCGAAACCCAGCCAAAUUCUGCCACUAUAAAUCUUUACAGGGUAAUGGAAAAGCACAGCAGUGCCUUAACUUGCGUAAGAUUUAGCUCCAACGGAUUAUACAUUGCUAGUAGUGGUCUUGAUAAAACAGCAAUAAUUUGGGAAACGAGUACAGGAAAAAUAUGUAACGUCUUAGCGAGACACAACAGAUACGUCGCGUGUUGCGCUUUCUCGAGAGAUGGAAAUCUUCUGGCAACUGGUUCUAACGAUAAGUCGGUUAUUGUGUGGGAUCUAACAGGACACCUAACUAUCGAUUCUGAACUUAUACGACAUGGUGCUCCUAAGUUAUUAUUAAAUGAACGCGGAAAGAAUGCUAUGCACGAGCAUGAUGUAUUACAAAACGCGGAAUCGUCUAGAAACGAAGUGAAGUUAAUUCAGAGGAUGGACGAUCAUGGUGGAGCGGUCAAUGGUGUUGCUUUUUAUGGGAAUGAUUUGAUAGCUUCUGGUUCAGGAGAUAAAUUGGUACGUAUAUGGGCUAUUGAAAAAACUGAGGAAGACGAGGAAGAUAUAAAAUUCCAAGAGAAAUCUUACAGUCCUUUGGACGGCCAUAAGUAUAGCGUGAAUCACGUUGAAUUUAGUCCUUGCGGUACGAUGCUUGCCUCGUGUUCAUUGGAUGGUACCACAAUAGUUUGGAAUACCGAAAACGGUGGACAUGCAAGAGGAUCGUUCGUUAAUUCUGGUUCAGGACUUCGCGUAUGUCGUUGGUCUCCAGAUGGUACCAAAAUAGCAACUGCUGGAGACGAUGAAAAAACGACAUUAUGGGACAUGGAUAAUAUGGAACACUUACAAAUUUUCGAAGGACAUGCUGAUGCGAUUACAUCUAUAGCGUUUACCCACGACUCGCGUUAUUUGGUAACAGCUUGUAACGAGGGUACAUGGAGAUUGUUCGAUAUUCUUAACGAAAAAACAGAAUUAGCUUUAUUGGUUUGCGACGAAGCACAUGACUUGGGUGUACAAGGAUGCGACUUUAGUCCAACUGGUUCUAUAGGAGCUACAAGAGGUGACUCCAAUUUAAAUAACGACAAACAGACAUACCUAUUAGCGACAUGUGGAAACGAUUCUCUCGUUAAAUUAUGGCAAUUAACCAUUUUUAAUGAGGAAGAUGAUUCCGCAAAUGGUAUUGGAAAGAGCGACUGUAAUAUUAGCUUCAAAGAAAAAAGAACGUUGGCCGGCCAUGGUGGUAACGUCAUGGACGUACGUUUCUCUCCGAUUCAUGGAGAAAUUUUAGGAAGUGUUGCUACCGAUAGGACAGCACGUAUAUGGAGCGUCUUUUCCGGAGCUUGUUUGUACGUUCUCGAAGAUCACGAAAGUCUUGUAACGUCAUGCGCAUUUUCCGAAGAUACAUCUUUAUUCGUUACAGGCGCAUUAGACAAGACCGUUCUAGUUUGGAGGAUACCUCAUCAAUUGGUGUCUCAAAGUAUAUUGAUCGAUAGUUUGAAACAAAAUAGAAAGAAGUUGGCCGAUUGGAGAGUCGACGAUACUUUGAAAUGGUUGAAUGAAAUAGGAUUAUCGAAAUUAAUGAAGAAAGUUCAUACGUGUAAAUUAACGGGACGACAAUUGUUGAAUAUUCCGGUCUAUGAAUUAUUAAAUAAACUCGAUCUUGAGAACGACGAGGAGACGGCCGAAAUAUUCAAGAGACAGUUGUAUUGGUUAAAAAAAGAGGACGCUAAUGCAAUGGAGAUUUCGGAUGAAACGGAAAUACCCCAUGAAUUUUUGUGUCCUAUAACACACGAGAUAAUGAAAGAACCGGUUCAAUGUUCAGAUGGAUUUACGUACGAGAGAGCAGCCAUAAACGAAUGGUUUUUGUGCGGGAAAUAUACAAGUCCGAUGACGAAUGAACCAUUACACGAUACUACUUUUACAUCAAAUAUUAAUCUGAGAAAUGCAAUAUGUACGCUUCUUCAUGGUAACGAACCAGAAUAAUAUAUUUUUAAGAUAGAUCAGUUGUGUCAUGAUCUUUGAGAAGAUAAAUUAUAAUUCUUUUAUUAGUAGUUGAAUAUAUAUAUAUAUAUAUAUAUAUAUAUAUAUAUAUAUAUAUAUGGUAUAAAGCACUUACAUAUAAGAUCUAAGAGACAAAGAUACGAUACACAUAAUGUAAAUUUUACAUCAUAUAUGCUGUGAGUGGACCAAUCGUAUUAUACGUGCACAUUUACUUGAACAUUGCACAACAAGCAAGUCUUGAAAUAUUUUCAGUUGUCGUAAAUUUAUUCUAAUUUUUAUUAAUUAUGUCGAUAUAUAUUUGUAUUUUUAUAUUGUUAUUAUGAAAUACGUUAAACGUAUUUUAUUGAAAUAUUAUUGAAAAACAAAAGAUAUGAAGAUAUAGAAAAAUCAAACAUAAUAAUUAUGAUUACAUCUUCUGUGUGGGUGUGUGCAUAUAUAUAUAUAUAUAUAUAUACACAUAUACGGAAAUUUUAUUACACAAUUAAUAAGAGCGAAAUGGUCCACAGUAUACUUCAUUAUGUAUAGUAUCAUAGAAGAAAACAUUAUCUAAAUGAUUUAGGAUUUCAUUUAUGAAAAUACAAAAAGAAUCAUUGAAGACUCAUAAAAUAUAGGAUGAUACUACUAUAGAAUAUACAUACAUAUGAGAACGUAUUAUAAACGUUGAUUAUAAUAUGAGUAUGUUAUGUAUAUUUUAUGAAACUAUGAUACACGUCACGAAUAGCAUGCAUAUAUAUAUAUAUAUAUAUAUAUAUAUAUAUAUAUAUAUAUAUAGGUAUAUAUAUAUAUAGUGACCUGAUGUACAGGAAUAGUACAAUUUCGCACUAAUAUUAUCGACAAUCUUCGUGGAUUAAAAAGAAAAAGAAAAAUUAUACCAACGUAUAUGCACUUAUAUGUUGUAUUAUCUCUGAGAGCGUAUAUAUUAUACAUAUCGAAUCGAUGAGAAUUUUGUAGCAGUUGUAAACACAAAUGAAACUACAUGAUGAUGAUAAUGACGAUGAUGAUGAUGUUAUUCGUUAAAUUUUAGACUUCUUAAAGUGAAAAUCUAUCGAAAACAAAGUUUUGGUAGAAAUUUCACUAAAAUCUUCACACAUAAACGAUUUUUAUAUAACGUAUAUAAUUAACGUCACGUUUUUGAUAUUUAUGCAAUCUCUGAACGAUAUGCAUACUCAUAUCUAAUAUAGAGCCAUGUAUUAUUAUAUAAACUUAUUAAUGACUUUCUAGUUUUCAUAUAUUUUGUUUCUUAUUUAAAUGUUAAAGAUGAUAGUAGUUACGUAUUUGACUUGUACAUACAUACAUACACUACAUACAUACACAUAUACAUACAUACACACAUACAUACGCUAUAUACAUACAUUAUAUACUUACACACAUAUUUAAAAUGAUUCAAUUAAACAUAUUUGAAAAUUAAAAAAUAUAUAUAUAUAAAUUUGUAUGUAUAUUUCUGUGAUAAAAUAUAUGAAUUGGUUUGGAUUGUUGUUUAAAAAAGAUAUAAUCAAAGAAUAUGUUUGCGAUAAAAUAGUAUAAAUUGUUAAUUUUAUUGAUAUACAUACAUAUACAUAUAUAAUUAUGUACAAUCGAGCUUUGUUAAUGUUACGAUAUUAUGUUAUUACUACGGCGUGCUCAUUGUACAGUUAUCACUAAUAAAUACCAAAAUUUCCACCAACAAAUUUAAUUGAUAAUAUU